AACACAAUAGCUUGAGGUGCCGUUUAUCCGCGCACUACAACAACCAACGUCGCCCGUGAUGAGAGCGAGGCAGUGUAAACACAACUCCAGGAACAUGAAAAGAUCGGGUGACAGUGAGGGGGAGAAGAGAAGAAAGAGGCGGAGGCUACUGCAGGAAUUGGGAGACCAGAAGAUCCCCUUUCUGGGACCUUCAGAUCGGGGCUUUCAGCAACUGUGGGACUCCAGCUACUCUGGCCUGGUGCUGAGGAGAUCGUGCUCGCUCCCCGCCGAGCUCCACGGCCGCGUGCAGGCGGCUCUGCUCACCCUCAGGCGGAAGGGCUGCCUCCUGAAGGACCUGGUCCGCGUCCGCGACCGGGAUGUGUUCACCGCCGUGUCACGGGCCCUGCUGGGCGAGCCGGGCCACACCUACCGCUACCUGGACACGCGGCUCUUCGCCAUCCCCUGGCACAGCGAGGACGCUGAGGUCAAAGGGCAGAACUGCUGCGACCCCGAUUUGAGGGCAGCCUGCAGGGCGCUGUGGGAGCUCAACACCUUCUUCUGCUCCGACGUGUCUCAGCUGAAGGAAGGGGACAGGCUGACGCAGUGCGCGAAGGCGGAGGCGGAGGCCAAGCAAGGCGAGGAGGGGGACACGGAGUCUAAGCACAGUGAAGACUCCAAGAACAGUGAAGGAGGGGACUCGGAGUCCCGACAAAGCGAGGAGGGGGACACAGAGUCCAAGCACAGCGAGGAGUGGGACGUCGAGUCCAAACACAGCGAUGAAGGCUGCUCCGGGUCAAAACAAGAAGGCGAGUGGGAGGCCGAGUUCAAACAAAGCGGCGAGGAGGGAGAGUCCCUCCAGGUGAAGCCGAGUGAGGCCGGCGCUGCGGCAGGCGCGGCGCACAGUGAAGGAAAAUGCCCCACCUGGACAACCAAAGCCGCCGGUGGCGCGGAAACUGAACCCGUGGGACUGGGGGCCCAGGAGAAACCUGUGGCUCAACUAAAGCACAGCCUGUCAGACUCCCACAAUCCAGACAAAGAGGAACACACGAGUGGGCAGGGCUGCUCGCAGCCCAGUCCUCCACAGGUAUGCACCGGUCCGGUCAAGUUCAAUGUCACCUUACUCAACUACAUGGACCCAGCGGCGAUGAGCCAGCUCAAAGAGGAGCCAUACUUUGGCAUGGGGAAAAUGGCGGUAGGGUGGCACCACGACGAGAACCUGGUCACUCAUUCGCCCGUGGCCGUUUACAGCUAUAGCUGUCAUGACGACAAAGGUGAGAGCAGUGAGGGAGGCAGCGGCGAGAAGGCGUGCUGGAGGGUUGGGCUCAAGGUAGCCUGGGACAUCCACACACCUGGCCUGACGCUGCCGCUGGAGUCGGGAGACUGCUAUUACAUGAGAGAUGACCUGAACAGUACCCACCAGCACUGUGUUCUAGCCGGAGACAGCGCGCGCUUCAGCUCCACGCACAGAGUGGCCGAGUGUUCCAGUGGGACCUUGACCUACAUCCAGUCACGGUGCCAAGAGGCCCUGUCCAACCUGCACACUGAUCCAGAGACGGGCUCCCACAGCUUGCUGGGCCUGCUGCCGACGACGCUACAACACUGUGAGGAGAUUCACAAUGAGGUGGAGUUCGAGUGGCUGCGACAGUACUGGUUUCAGGGCCAGCGUUACGCCCGCUUCUGCAGCUGGUGGACCAGACCGAUGGAGCAGCUGGAGAAGGACUGGAGGCUCAUGGAGACCAUGACUAUGCUCUUUCUGGCUACCGUGGAGGAGGAAGGCCAAGCAGGGGAAGGAAGGAGGGAGAUGGCAGAAAUCCUGCUGUCUGCCUUGACAGACAGACACCAGCAAAGACAGACAUGGAGAGACAGGUGCCACUCGAGUCUGGCCCAGACGUUACCCCCCGAGGAGGCCCCGGUGGACCGGCCCUUCUGGGGUGUGGAUGACCCCAGCAUGCCUCUGCCCUUUGAUCUGGCUGACAUCAUCAACAGAGUGGAGUCACUGCUCUGGAGGAUGUGAAGGGUGGACUGACGAAGUGAGAAGGAACGACAAGAAAAACACCCCACCAGCUUUCCUGAAUGGUCCCCCCCAUUAAUCGAGGGGGACGACCACUCCGCUGAUGACACCUCCAUUGCGAUGCCACCGAGAUAGAUUUCUUUUCGAUUGGGGCGUCUAUACAACCUCCCCCCACACCCCCACACCCCCACCCACACCCCCUUCACUUCGCCCUCCACUCCCUCCACUAGCUGACCCCGGAAUCUCUGCCACAGUUCCCCCCCUCCCCUCCCCUCCCCUCCCUUCUUGGAUGUGGCUGGAAGGAAAGCGGACCACCGCAGUAGAUCCAGAAUAGUGCUUCAGUAACAUGCUAACAAAGCAAAGCUUAGCACCAAGCUACUAGUGUGUCUGCGGUCUAACGAAAACCUUUACGCGGAGCCUGCAUUUCAGUGUCAGCAUACAUUGUGUAACUAUUUAUUAUUUCAGUGUACUCUGUUACUUAAUCUCAUGUAACCCAGACAUGCUUUUAUCAAUGGAUUGCCUCAUUCUCAGUACAGCUCAGUACAUACAUAUGCUUUCUACUCGUCAUACAGUGUUAUGAAACAGUAUAGAAUGGUAAGAAAAGUCACUUUGCUCACAUGGUAUUGCAUUUUUCACUUGUGUAUAUUGUAACUCUUCUUCUUCUUCUUCUUCUUUUUUUUUUAUUGUGUUCAGAAGUUGUUGGAAUGAGCCUGAAGAGACCAAAGAGAGAUUAUGAUAAGAAAGUUAUGAAUGUCACCCAAUGAAGAACAUAAAGAAUGUGUAGUUAAGUGUUAAUGUUGCGACCGCGUGCCUGUGCCAUGUUUGCUGUGUGUGCGUGCGUGUUUGUGCGAGUAAAUUCAGCCGUGUGAUCAGUCGACCCGCGCGCGUGCGCGCGCUCGCCCGUCUCCCACGCGUUCUACGUGGAGGCGCUUGUGUAUGAAUGCGAUAGCGUGCGUGAGCCCGUAGGCAGCCCGCCAGUUGUUUGUUCUUGAAGAUGUGCAUAUGGAGAAACAGAGGCUAGCAGCGGGGGCCCCUCCUCUCUGCCUCUGCUCUGAUGAAAGGCAGCGCUGAUAGAAUGACCCGGAACACAACCGCCGUUUCUCAUAAUUACAGCUGUUCAAUCGCUUUUAAUUACUCUUAAAGUGUGUAGAGCACCACGUUCCCCUGUAAUGCUGCGGGCCAUCCGAGAGAGUGAGAGAGAGAGAGAGAGGGAGAGCGGGAGAGGGAUCCGGCGCUUCUGACAAAAAUCCACUUUCAAAAAUGCUAAAGAGGGUGGAAAAGGGGGCCGACGUCAAAGCAGUGUAGCAGCCCUCCUCGUUUGAUUUCUUUCUCUAUCUAGUUCACGACGAAGUAGAGACGCUGUUUACUAUUAAAAAUGCAGAAUGCACUCCUUUUUUUACUUCUGAAGUCUUUUCCAAGAUGUUAAUGGUUGCCAAACGCUGUUCUUCUUACUUCUUCUUUUUUGCUGCGCCUUUGUUGUGUGUUGUUGUCAGAGAGAUUUGUUUGUAGAUCGGCAGUAGCGUUGACUUGUUUGAAUCACUCUGUGCUCCCUGCGCCACAGCUUGUCUGUCUGAAGCAAUAGGAAUGGCAGUAAAUAAAAAAACAAACACAAAAAAAACAGUGUUUUAUCCAA